UGCCAAAUAGAAGCAGGGGCACACUUCUCUCCGCUUCUCCUGUACCGUUCAAGUAAUGUCCCAAUUAAAUUAAUAUAAUACUUGAGCGGUGUUUAAUGUUGCGUGCCAGGGGAGAGCGGCGGAUUACAGCGAUAUGCUGUUUCUUUAACUUUGUUCCAGGUUCUGCAGUCGCUCGUACCCACUUCCAGCCGACUCACCGCUGGCUCGGCUUCUUAUUAUUAAACGACCCUUUUAUAAACAUCAUCUGUGGGGACAUGAGAAGGGGGAUACUGCGGUCCACAGGCAUGCAUCGGAGCGCUCCGUAGGGGGUGCCGGCUCACGCAGGCCCACAUCAGACCCCUCCCUCCACCUGAAGCUGCGCACCUGGAUCUCGGCGAGACGGAAGUGCUUUUCCAUUGCGGAUUACUCACCAUAACAUUCGGGAACAAAUUUAUUAACUGUACUUAUUUGCAUACUUCGUCUUGUACAGAAACAUUACCCGCUGAUGUUCCCAACAGCCUUUGUGUCUUGGAGAAGCUUUACCUCAAAGAUACUGGUCAGUUCGUCUGACGGACAUCAUGACUGCCUUCUCUAGGUUCUUCAGGAGACGCUUGUACCCUUGGAGACUGGUGAUUUUGGCUCUCCUGUUCCUCACGUUCCUGUUCCUCAUCCAGCGUGAGGUGGCGAGCCAGAGGCCCAGAGAGGAGGCCUGGCUGGGGGGUGCUGUGGGCAAGCAGGACGGCGUGCUGGGAAUAGUGAUGGGGGCCGUCAAUAACUUCCGAGGCGCCGUGCCAAAAAUGCAGAUCAAAGCCCCCGUGCGCCAGCCUGAGAGGGCCGGGAACCCCUCCUGUCUGCCCGGGCAUUACACUGCCGCCGAGCUUCGGCCUUCCCUGGAGCGACCCCCUCAGAAUCCCAGCUCACCGGGGGCCUCUGGGAAGCCCUUCCGCAUGGGCAGCCUGAGCCCUUCCGAGGAGAAGGAGAAGCAGGCCGGGGAGGAGAAGCAUUGCUUCAACCUCUUCGCCAGUGACCGCAUCUCGCUCAGCCGGGACCUGGGGCCUGAUACGAGACCACCGGAAUGCAUCGAGCAGACCUUCAAGCGGUGCCCCGCCUUGCCGACGACCAGCGUGAUCAUCGUGUUCCAUAACGAGGCCUGGAGCACCCUGCUUAGGACUGUGUAUAGUGUCCUUCACACAUCCCCCGCCAUCCUGCUGAAGGAGAUCAUCUUGGUGGACGAUGCCAGCUCAGACGAGGUCCUGAAGGAUGAGCUGGACGAGUAUCUGAAACGGCUGCACGUUGUGCGAGUGGUCCGUCAGCGCGAGAGGAAGGGGCUCAUUACCGCCCGGCUGUUGGGCGCGUCCGUCGCCGCCGGAGACGUGCUCACGUUCCUGGAUGCUCACUGCGAGUGUUUCCACGGCUGGCUGGAACCGCUGCUGUCCCGGAUAGCCGAAAACCGCACGACCGUGGUGAGCCCCGACAUCACCACCAUCGACCUCGGCACCUUUGAGUUUGUGAAGCCGUCCCCAUACGGACAGAACCACAACCGGGGAAAUUUCGACUGGGGCUUGUCCUUUGGCUGGGAGAGUCUUCCUGACCAUGAGAAACAGCGGCGGAGGGACGAAACUUAUCCCAUCAAAACUCCGACAUUUGCAGGGGGGCUGUUUUCGAUCUCAAAAGAGUACUUCUACUACAUAGGAAGUUACGAUGAGGAAAUGGAAAUAUGGGGAGGGGAGAAUAUCGAAAUGUCAUUUAGGGUGUGGCAGUGUGGGGGGCAGCUGGAGAUCAUCCCCUGCUCUGUCGUGGGCCAUGUCUUCCGCACCAAAAGCCCCCACACUUUUCCCAAGGGCACGCAGGUGAUCGCUCGCAACCAGGUGCGGCUGGCCGAGGUCUGGAUGGACGGCUACAAGGAGAUCUUCUACCGCAGGAACCAGCAAGCCUCGCAAAUGGCCAGAGAAAGGGCUUUUGGUGACAUCUCCAAGCGCUUGGAGCUCCGGCAGCGCCUGCAAUGCAAGAGCUUUGCUUGGUACUUGAAGAACGUGUAUCCUGAGGUCUUCAUGCCCGACCUCAACCCUCUUCACUUCGGCGCGGUGAUGAACAUAGGUAAAGACUCUUGUCUGGAUGCUGGGGAGAACAACGAGGGUGGAAAAGAGUUGAUCAUGUACCCAUGCCAUGGACUUGGAGGAAAUCAGUAUUUUGAGUAUUCCACGCACCGUGAGAUCCGUCACAACAUUCAGAAGGAGCUGUGCCUCCACGGGAAGGAGGAGGCCGUGAAACUGGAGGAGUGUCAGUACAAGGGGAGGAGCUCCUUCGUCGGAGCCGAGCAGAAGUGGGACCUUAAAGAGAGUCAGUUGCUCUGGAAUCCAGGGCUGAAGCUUUGCCUCACUGCCCGGCACGAGCACCCAUCCCUGGUCCCAUGUGACCCCUCCGACAGGUACCAGCUGUGGGUCUUCAGCUGAGGGCGUGGCCUUGCACACCAGCCAAUGAAAACAGACCCCACAAGUUUGUUUUUUACAUUUUUUUUAUAAAGAGAUUUGCAUGUUAAUUUAUUUUUAUGUGCAAUGUGAAUAUUUUUGGACAGUCUUGAAUUCCUUGGAGGGGUGACCCAGAUGUGACACAAAGGCAGGUUCUAGUACUGAUAUUUUGUGCAAUUUCAUUUUGCCCCUCAUUGUUAGCAUGUAGCUAACAGAAAUGGAGCCUUUAAAUCAUAAGAUGGUGGGACUAAUUUGAGCUGUCAGUCAAAAUACUGUUACUUUAUUGGACUUCGUUCAUUUGAACCAGGCGGCAAUUGAAAACUGGUGUCAGUCCUGCCCCCUGUAGGUUUUAACCUUGCAUUCCUCCAAUAGAACAGGCCAGGUUUCUACAUAUUGGUGGUUUCUGGAAACCGAUGCGUGAGCAGUUUUCACUUUGCCAUAGAGAUGUGUACUGCGCGUAUGAAUUGCACCCUUAGUCAUUAUAUGGUUUUAGAUGUGGAAAGGCCAAAAUGUGUAGUUUCCAGGGUGGAAGUGGGUGAUUUUUUUAUUAUUUUUUUUUAUAAUUUUACCUAAAUUUGAGUUUGCUUAUUUGGUUUUAUAACUUGAGAAUCAAUCCAACAUAUCAGGGUCCCUGGACACGUAAAUGUGUUCGCAAAAUGUGUAUGGAAAAGAUGCCUUCUAGAAUUUUCUCUCUUGCAACAAAGUAUGUGGCAAUAAUGUUUUUAUAUGUAAACAAUUAGUUUUCCUCAAUAGUGGUGAGUACCAAAGAAUUUUGAGGGCAGUUGUCUAUGACUCACUGCAUUGUCACGAAAACAGACUGAAAAUCUAACUGAAUUCAAAAUGGUACCAGAUUUUUUACGUUUUGUUGUGUUAUUUGUAUGUGUUUAAUUUGACAGGCUCUAAAUGUGUGUCCAUAGGAUACGCUGGAUCAUAGGGACAAUACCCACGCUUUUUUCAGGUCUCUCUUUCUAACCCCAUUUUUACUUCUACAUUCAUAUACUCUGUAAUUUUUUAUUUAUUUUUUUUAACCCUGCGGGUAACAGAGGGUCAAACUGUGGUUAUUUUUUUCCUCUCGUUAAUAAUGGCCUGCACAGUGAGCCUCUAGCUUUUUGAAGGGUGUGCGGUAUACAAUUCCACCACUAGGUGGCGGACUCUCUUUUCUAAUUCUUAUAGUCUGCAAGGACCCUUGUGUAAAGUGCAUAAGUCAAUAUUUCACUGGGAGCAAACAAUUUUUGCAAGUUUGUAAUUUAGAAAAUAUUUGAAGUUCUUUUUUUUCUUCACUGUACUUGUUUACAUGUAGCCUUCAGACACUGUAAUACCCACACAAUGACAGUAGGGAAGCGGCAGGUUCAUUCACUUUUUAUUUAUUUCAAACUGAUGUUUCUGGGGGAGGGGGGGGGGAGUGGCUGUCAUCCUUGAAAGGUGAUUAAAAACCACCCUUAACAUAAACCCAUAUACCAAGUAUAAAUAAAUGUCACUAAUUAAAAAAAAUCCAAAUCUAUACGCGAAACAAAAAAACAAUGCGAUCUAGUGUCAUGGAAUGAUGUCAUGGCAAGAUUAAUAAAAAAAAAAAUCAAUAUAGAUUAACAAAGUGCCAAGCACACAUCUAAGGAGGGUCCAGCAGAAACAGUGCGUGUGCUGAACACAGUGCUGAACACAGUGCUGAACACGGGUCCACGGUGUCCCACUGGCCAAGGUGUCAGAGGCUUGGGCCACAGCAGGAACCAGUGACACCCCGGCUUAGAGCAGAAGGGGGACCAUUGAUUGGUGGUCUAGUCAGAGCCAUGUGUUAUGUGUUACCCCACUGCAGUAACUGUCUGCCAGUGAUUCCUGCACUCAGAGCAUUUCAAUAACGGGAUGUUAUGAUGCUACAAGCACUCCCAGAAUGCUUUUCUGUUAGUUUAGAGCACUGAGAAUUUCAGUUUCCUCACUGUCUCUCCACUGGAAUGACCAAAAACUUUAUUCAUAUUGGUAGCUCCUGUACACAGGGGUGGGGCCACAGUGGCUGCACUGGCCCCAGCUGAAAGCUGAUUGGCCCCCAGAGUGCCAUCCCCUGUCACUCACCAAUUCAAAAAGUAUCAUUGGCUAAUAAAAAGACUGCCCCCUCCAUGAAUUUGACUUGCCCUUAAACCCUGAAAGUCACAUGUUAAUAAUAGAAAAUUUAGGCUACAAUCUGAGUGAUGAGCAGAAUGUGGAACAGGGUUACGUCAACAUAAAGAAAAGCAGCACUCACACCUUAAAACAGACCAGCCGUGAUUGUAAUUACACCACUGCAUUCCUGUAUGCCCUGACGCCAACAUGCAGGCUGAUGUUCUUUAUGGAGCUAGUUGCAACGUCAGGUUUGUAAAAACGACCCGCAGAAGUUUUUCACAGCGGAAUUAUUUGCAGACAUGUGGUUUUGAUGAGGUAUAAGUGUGGUAUUUGAAAUUGUACAAAGCUGAGAAUGAAUUUGUGUCUUAAGUAUGCCUCCCCAACAUUAUAAACCUUUUUAUAAUCA